AUGAACGUUGUCGCUGGCGAUAAGAAUGCUGGUAAAACUUCCGUAUUGGAUGUGGUCGCGUGUGGGCGCAUUUUUCGAGGUUCUGGCGAAAUGAUGAAAGAAAUCGAAAUUCGGAUCCGUAAUUCUGUUAAAGAAGGAAAAACGGCUUCAAAUGAAAAGGAAUAUUUCAAAAAUGGUAUAUUAAAACCAUCACAAAUGACUACUCGUAAUAUGUCUCUUGAUCUAUCAGACUGCUUUUGGAGGAUGGGAAAGGAUUCUGCAGAAUCACAGGUGGACGCUUUUCGAUCCGAUCGUUUCAAUUUGAUAAUUGAAUGGAGGAACACUUCCACGCGUAUAAAAGAACUUGAUCAUGAUGAAUUAUUCGAAAAAAAGCGAAAUUUUAGACGAAAUUAUCAAUUUAUUGCUUGUUCCUACCGAUCAGCAGAAAAGUAUGCUGAAAAACAACUGUGGAACAUGGUUGCUACUCAAAUUAGGCGAUUAUUGUAG